GGAACGCGAGCUAGACUAGCUGGUGAGACAAUCUGCCGGAGCACAGUCAGUACCGGAACCUCAGAACGUUCGCACGUUAGCAGAAAAGGGAAUCAGCAGCCUCCUGGCCCGUGGUAGUCUGCGAUGAUCGGUGGAUGUCCGAUCCUUAAGUUUGUUUGUUGAUUGAAACUUGUCCAAUUUUGCGAUAGUGUGAAAGUAAUGCGGGUGUAAUUUGUGUGAAAAAGGGGGAAAAUGUUUGGUGAAACGAAAAUCAUGAGCUUUUCCAGGAUGUGUCGUGCAUUGUGGGUUGCAGUGGUGGUGGUUGGCGUUGUUUCUGUAGGACUGCCUCCAGUUUCAGCGCAUAUCGAGUUGGAGGAAUACUAUCGCAUGCCGAGAAUUUACGAAUAUGAUGAGUACGAUCUAUGUGUAGCCCAUGCUGAACGGCACGCGGCUCCAGACGACGCCGCUUACUGUGUUGGUCGCACCGUCAUCAAACCGGAUCAGGAGUCGAGCCUUUGGAGACAGAUCGAGCUCUUCACCAACGAUACCAAGAGGCAUUUCCGCCACGAUCAUCUGGACCGUGGCUUUUGCGUUCACCGGUGCCGCCAGCUGCUCGAGUCACUCGAUAACGAAACCGCCGAAGGUUUGUUCGUUGGCAAGUUCGACAUACCAUUCCCGUACAUUAUACGAUCGGACGCGUUCAGCGAUGCGACCGAUGAUCAACUACGGUACGGUAAGCUCAUCAACAUCUGCCAAAACUAUGCGCUUCGCAAGCGGUACAACCUGACGGCCUACACGGAAAUCGAAUACUGCGUCCGCCCUGCCCAACCCACACCGAUGGAUGGUCUCGACAUUGGUUUCCUGGUUGUGUCGGCCCUGAUCCUCGCACUGGUGAUCGCGUCCACCUGGUACGACUAUCGGACGAAAAAUCCCCAUGGCAAUGAGCACUACAAAAAGGAUAUACCGUGUCGCAAAACGAUGAUUCUCACUUCGUUCUCGUUGGUGCGCAACUGGUACCGGUUGGUGAGCCGCUCGAAGGACCAGCUGAACGAGGAUCUCAAGUUUUUCCAGGCCAUUCGCUUCUUCACCUUCUGUCUCGUGGUCGUCGGUCAUUGCAGUGAUCUGUUUAACGCUACCUCGAUCGCAAACACGCAGGACCGGGAGGAGGAGUACUAUAAUCCACUGAGCCACAUCUUGAUAAAUGGAUCGUUGAUCGUGCAGUCGUUCUUCGAGAUGAGUGGCUUUCUGCUCAGCAUACACUUUUGCACCAAUCAGGCCAAGAUGAAGAAAAUCAGCUGGGUGGCCGUAUUCGCUACGGUUGCAUUCCGUUACAUCCGGCUUACACCGGCGUAUGCGUAUGUCCUAUUUCUGCACUCAACAUGGCUAGCGAGGCUCCAAGAUGGGCCCCUGUGGACACGCGGUGCGGUAGUCGAGCGGAACCUUUGUAGGCGCAACUGGUGGACGAACCUGCUGUAUGUGAACAACUACGUUAAUGCCGAUGAACCGUGUCUUCAACAAGCCUGGUAUCUGGCCUGCGAUUAUCAGCUUUUUGCGGUGGGACUCAUCCUUCUUGUCGCUGUUACAAAAUACAAAAAGUACGUGAUCCACAUCUUCAGUGCGUCGGGCUUGAUUGCCAUACUGAUUCCAAUGCUGGUAGUCUACUACAACCACUUUGAAGGAGUGUUCAUCGUCAGUCUACAGUCGGAGCGUUUUAUCUUCUGGUUCGAUCAGAUGUAUCACAAGAUCUACGUCCCAUUCCACACGAACAUGGGCUGCUACAUCGGUGGUGUAGUUUACGGGUACCUUUACCAUCGCAUCCGAACCUCCGACAACAAGGGAAACACGUCGAAAUUCCUUAAGUUCCUGUGGUAUAUGACGGUCCCGUGCGGUAUGCUGGUGAUGAUGAUCAGCAUGAUCUUCUAUUCGAACAACUUUGAAAAGCCAUCACUGUGGAUUGCCAUCUUCUUCCCGCUGCACAAGAAUGCAUGGGCCCUGUUCGGGGCGAUCGUGAUGUACGGCCUCAUCUACAAUUACAAUCGCUUCAUCAAAAGUGUCGUCAACUUCCCGCUGUUUGUACCACUCGGACGGUUGACCUACUGUGCGUACAUUAGUCACGUGUUCUUCCUGAAGAACUUCUUCUACGGUAGCCGCGAGAUCGGUUACUUUAGCCAUACGACGAUGUACAUGAAAGUGAUUUCCGUUAUCGUUGCAUCGUACAUUCUUGGUGCCAUCAUUGCUCUUACGCUGGAAUUCCCGAUUUCUUCGCUCCAGAAGCACCUUCUUCCCAAGCAACUUGAGAAAAACACCAGACCAGAACCACCGAAGGAAAGCAACAACGUGAGCCCACCGUCAGCGUAAGCUAAAACCGCGUUCCAAAAACAUUAGCUUAAGAUUCGAUUAAAUUAAUUGAAUACUCACGGUCAAACAGAGAUAAGUUGUGUGACUCUUUCGCUUUUUUAGUUGUUUAAGGGAAAAGGAAUUCCGUUAUCUUAUUAGUGCAGGCAAGUG